CAAUAUGAGAACAUUACCACUAAUCGUCGUACUUUUUGUGACCUCUUUCGUCAACGCAAACAAAAUCAUAUACGCUAAAAAGGAUGUUGAACGAAUUGCGGAAGUUGCUAGUAUUUGCACGAAGAGUGUGCACGUUGAUCCUAAGUACUCAUUAGAUCUUGAUGAUAUCAGAGACUUUCCCAGUCGCAAAGAGAUAAAAUGCUUAAGUUUGUGCAUGAUCGAAUUAUUUGGAUUGCUUAGCAAAGAACAUCGGUUUCUACCAGAAGCGUAUCUCAGUUACAUGGAUGACCCCAUCAUUAUACAGGAAGCAAAGGCAUCUAUGGAUAAAUGUCUUCCUCAAUACGAUAUAAUAGAUUCUUGCGAAGACGCAUAUGAUCUACAUCAGUGUAUACUGAAAAACUUUUAACUUAGUGAUAGCAAAUCGUGUUUUAAACUCUCAACGUUGGUACGCUUCAAAUUUUAACUUGAACGUACUCAGAACGAAGUUCAUUAA